AUGCAUGAGCUGUCAGUUGCUCAAAGUACAAAUAAAGAGCCCUGUGGAUCCCAAAACUGGCGUAAGUCUAUCUCUCCAGGACCAAAGGACAUUGACUCAAUUUAUUCACUCCUUAUCGAGCUAAAAGGGGAAGUAGGACAGCUGUCCAAUAAUAUUACUGAAGUAAAAACAUCCUUUGAGUUUUUGAACGGUAUGUAUGAAGAACAGCGUCAGUGGAACAAAGUAAUGGGAGAGAUGAUUGAGGAGACCAAAAAUGAAAACAAAAAAUUAAGAGAUGAACUAUCUUUAGUUCAGACAAAACUUGCAGAAAUGGAAGCUGAAAAAGUAAGUAACAAACUUAUUAUUAAUGGGGCCUUUGAGAUUGGGGAUACGGAAGAGACCUUGCUGGAGAGAUCAAUCAAGGUGCUGAAACAUAUUGAUGACUCUAUUGUAAAACAGAACAUAGCUAAUGUAAAAACCAUACUUGUCAAGCAAAAGCCACCAAUGGCUUCGGUCUCUUUCGAUAAUCCUGAGUAUAGGAUUAUCACUUGUAUGUUAAAUCGUUUCAUCAAAUUUGCUUUGGAUUCAAUAGAUUUUUUUGAAGUGUAG